AACGAUAAGCGCAUUUAUAUACAUUUAAUAGUAUUUAUUUUACUGUCUUAUAAGACAACAGAUCCUGUAUAAUCCUUUUUUCAUUAAACCAGGAUAACUGGAAUGAUGCACUCGAACUGGAGAGGUUGUAAGGAUUGGGCAGACUUUGAUAUCCCAUUGACAACUACUAGCGAUGAAGCCAGUAAACAGUUCGAUGCUGUGUUAACUCAGUAUGUCGGAUGGUACGAGGAAGACUCGGUUGGCGGUAUCGAUAACAGUAUUAAUAAAAUGAUUGAAGCAGACCCAGAGUUUGUUUUGGGUCAUGUAAUGAAGAACGGAUUAGAAUUAUCAAGCCUGUGUAAAAACAUCAACGCAAAUGAAGAAUUAAGAGAAGAUAUAAAGUGCAUGGUUGAUAAAGCUACAAAACAAUAUAUAACAACAAGGGAGAAGAAGCAUGUUUCAGCAGUUAAGCUCUGGGCAGAAGGUGAUCUGACAAAAGCAUGUGAAGUAUGGGAAGACAUAUUAAUGGAGCAUCCUACAGAUAUGCUGGCUGUAAAGUUUGCUCAUGAUUGUUAUUACUGUUUAUCACAUCAUCAUCAAAUGAGAGAUUCUAUCGCACGUAUUCUUCCAUUCUGGAACCAGUCUAUACCACUUUAUGGAUACCUAUUAGGAAUGCAUGCAUUUGGACUGGAGGAAACGUGUUUGUAUAAUGAAGCAAAGAAACAAGCCGAAAGGGCACUAGAAAUAAACAGACAUGAUGCCUGGGCCUCUCAUGCUAUGGCCCAUGUGUAUGAGAUGACAGGAAAAUAUGAUGAAGGAAUCAAAUUUAUGUCCAGUACAGAGAAUGAUUGGAAGGUUUGUGGAAUGACUUCAUGUCACAAUUAUUGGCACUAUGGUCUUUUCUAUAUAGAAAAGGGAGAAUUUGAUGAAGCACUUGGACUCUUUGAUAACGAGAUUGGAAGAAGGGCAUUCAAAUCCAAAUCAACCAUGGAGAUCGCUAAUUCCGUAUCAUACCUGUACAGACUAAGACUUGAAGGUGUACCUGUAAUUGAGAAAUUCAAAGACUUCAAUUCACUUUGUACUCAUCAUUACGACGAUCAUGCACUGGGAUUUCUUGAUACCAGUUAUAUGAUGGCAUGUCUUGGGGCAAACGACAUGGAUUCAGCAAAAAAGCUAACAGAUUCUAUUAGAAAAUUUUUAAGUGAUGGUAAAGGCAACACAUGUGAGAGUAUGAAAUCUGUUGGUUCAGAUUUAUGUGAGGCACUCAUUGCAUUUGAAGAUGGACAGUUCGACAAAGCUGUGGAUAUCAUUUAUCCUAAACGAUAUCAGAUCAUCAACUUAGGUGGUAGUAAUGCUCAGAGAGAUGUCAUUAAUUUGUUCUUAAUUCAUGCUGCAUUAAAAUCGGAAGAAAAGAGACACAGAAAUUUAGCUAAGAUGUUGAUAUUUGAAAGGAAAAGCCUCAAAGAGAAUUCCCCCCUUACCGAUCGAUUAAUUGCAAAACUUGUAACAGUGUAAAUGGAGAAGAACGAGUAGAACAUCAUUGGACAAUAUCUCAAAAAGUAAAAUAACAAAAAUACGGAACUCCAAGGAAAAUUCAAAACGGAAAGUUCCUUAACAAAUGGCAAAAUCAAAAGCUCAAACACAUCAAACGAAUGGAAAACAACUGUCAUAUUCCUGACUUGGUACAAAAUUCCUGUAUUGUAUCAAGCUUGUUGUUGAAUAAGAACAAGGUUGCAUGGCAAACGCAUCAAACGCAAUCAACGAAUUAAACAUCCUUCCAAUCUAAAAUUUGGUGAUAAGUGUACGCGUAUUAUAAAAGCAUUUUGUCAACAUACUGGUAGGAUGUUCCAUCGUAUUGACAAAGCCGAACAUUAAAAAGGCCCCCCCCCCCCCCAAAAAAAAAAAAAUAAAAAAAAAACUCUCAUUAAAAGAGGUAUUGAGUUUAUCAAACUUUACUAGCAUUUUUAAUAACUGUGAAACAUCGAAGUUUAGAUAUUUAAUUAAGGUGUAAUACCACCAUUGAUUUUCCCCUAUUAGUCUUUGUUAAAUUUGCACUUUUCAAAAAAUUGUGCAGAAUUAAUCUUUGUUUCAAAUAAAGAAAUACUUGGCAUGAGUAAAGUUUUAUCCUGUCCAGUACUAUAGAAAAAAUUUCACAUAACAUUUCGUUGCAUAUAAGAAAAUAACCAUCACUGGAAGUUAACCAAUCAAAUUUUCACCUCUUUUUUUUUACCUGUGUACAAGCUUUAGUAACUAUGUAACCUCAAGUUUCAAAAAUAUUCUAUAGAAACCCCAAAUAAAAAAAUAAUGGUGCUUUGAAAUACCCAAGAUAUAUGUUUAUGACCCAGAAAUGUUUUACUGCAAUGAAAUGUAGGAUUAAUUACCUACAACUGUCAAUUUCAAGGGAAUAUUUUUUUUCGACCUAUUUUCGUAUGCAGCCGGAUGUGACGUACUAUGAUUUGGUGGUACAUCGUUCAAAACCGAGAGGUUAUAAACUUAUUUAAAACGUAUUGUGUUCGUACAGGCUAACAAUGCAGCCAUCAAUGUGGUAGUGGCAUGAUGUAGAUACUAUACAGAAGUUCUUAUAAAUACGACGACAGUAGUUUACUAACGUCAAAUCUCGUCAAUUACGAUGAUACAAUUCAAGGUAACAAACAAAAACUGAGUCUUAUGAAUUAAAUUAUUAGUUCUUAUAAUUCAAUGCCAUGCAUUCCACAGAGAGUAAAAUACGUAACAAUCGUAUCAUAACCACAUCUCAGUUAAGGCCACCUCUGAACAUUUGAAGGUCCCUACUAUGCAUUGGUGACCUAAACUACACAAAACUCGAUCAAAUAUCGUUUUAAAUCGGCUUUUAGUAAAUAUAUUACAACUAAUAUUUCUGUGCUUCUAGUUAGUUCUCUAAUCAAAAUUUAGAAUAAAACUUGCUACUAGUAAUAACUUUUGUAAUAAAGCAUUUGCAAAUAGUGGAAGAAUGUUUGGAGUGUAAAUAACUCUUGAUAUUAUAGAUGAAUUACGUGCUUUUGAUGGUCUUUUCAAUUCGGUUGUUAGUUAUAUUGUUUGUUAAUAUAUAAAUAACACAUAGCUGAGAGGGUGAUAGAGCAGAUUGUUACCCCGAGAAAACAUUGUCAACUGAGGCGAAGCCAAGGUUGACAAUGUCUUUUCGAGGGGUAACAAUCUGCUCUAUCAUCCUAUCAGAUAUGUGUUAUUUAAUUUAUUAUACUGAAUGUUCUGUUAUUACUGUCGAUAAAAUUUCAAAUUCAAGUAAUAAACUAUGACGUCUUGUACAUAACAACCAUCCGUAUUUAAUAAAGCGCACACUUGAUCAAGCGUCUCCGUGAAUGGUAAUAGAGUAUUUGCCAUAUGAUAGCGUCGUAUCUUAUGAAGCACACACUUAAUCAAGCGUCUCCGUGAAGGGUUAUAGAAUAUUUACCAUAGAAUAGAGUUAAUUGUCUCACUCGAAUUAACCAAUCAAAAUCUGGCAUUUUGACAUGAAGCAUAAUAAUAUAUAAGUUUCGUCAAAAAGCAUCGACAGGUUGUAGGUAUUCCUAUAGGCACCCAUUCAAGACCUGUUCUAUCAGACUUGUUCUUGUAUAGUCAUGAAUCACGGUGUAUGGCCAAAUUCAGUAAAGAUCCGUCUUAUGUCAUGUAGUUAAUAGAUUUAAUAACAUAUACCGUAGCCUUGAUGAUAUUUUUGCUUUAGAUAACCAAGAAUUCUUUCUUUAUACCGAGGAAAUUACCCCGGGUAACUUUAAAUACCUGAAACAGCAAUCAUGUUCUUUUUCUAGAAUAGGAUAUUUCAGUAUCACACGGAUAAUUGUAUACUGAAAUUUACGACGAGACGAUUUUUCUUUCCCUAUUGUUAAUUUUCCUUUUUUGGACAGUGAUGUUAUUUUAUCCCACUCUUACGGUGUGUACAUUUUCCAACUAUGACCCGUGUCUGAAGUGGCGAUUUAGUUUCGCUACUCUUGGUAACCAUGCACAUCCCUCAUUCUUUGUUUUAUCUUCUUUUAAAAUGUUUAAUGAGAUUUAAACAUCGGUAAACUACUGUUGCCUCAAAUUUUAUUUCAAUCUUAUUUUUGAAACCCGAUAUUUUUCAAUGUAAAUGACCAGACAUCAUAUGUAUUUUAUAAAAAUUUGCAUGUAAUAUAAUUUUUAAAAAUGGUAUAUAAGUUUAUCCCAAUGGGAUUGUUUAAAAAAAUGGAAUAUUUAUCAAACUGUUUCUUAAGUUUAAACUUGAUUGUGAAUUUUUAAAUAUUUAUUGCUUUGUUGAUUAUUUAUGUAUGUUAUUGUGUCGUUUGUAACCAUGCAAAUAUCAUUAAAUUCAUUUUGUUUUUGUUUUAA